AUGCAUCCAAAUGAAAAUAUCUCUGUUGGCAAUUUUCAUGGUCAUUUUAAUGUUGCUCUAGGCAGUUUCAUUCAUGAAAUACAAUCUGAAAAGCUUACACAUACUGUUCUUAUUGCUCUGGGUGUGCUUGGUGGUGGUUUUGAAAUAAUCCUUGGUUUAAUGCAUUUAAUAAUGAAGCCAAAAAUAGAAAAAAUUUAUCAUCAUGUGGACUUAUUUAACAUGCCAUUUGUCUCAAAAACUGAUUCAUUACUUGAUGAUCAAAUUCCUACUGAAGAAAAAGUAACUAGGUUAGAAAAUAGAAUUUUAGCACUGGAAAAAAUUUUAGAAGAUUAUGUUUUUAAUCCAUAUGCUUUAAAAUCGUUGAUGUUGACUCAUGAAGAAUCUGAUAAAAAUUAA